AUGGUUUACACCCAUUCACCAAAAGAGCCCAUUGCCAUCAUUGGCAGCGGGUGCCGCUUCCCCGGAGAUUCGACGUCUCCUUCCAAAUUAUGGGACUUACUCUACUCGCCGCGGGAUCUCACGAGGGAAGUUCCCUCCGAAUCACGAUUUAACGCCAAGGGCUUUUACAAUGUCGAUGGUGAACAUCACGGUGCCAGCAACGCAAGCAAUGCGUAUUUUAUUGAGGAAGAUCCGCGACAUUUCGAUGCUGGAUUCUUCAGUAUUGCCCCGCGCGAAGCAGAAUCUAUCGAUCCGCAACAGAGGCUCCUGCUUGAGACAGUGUAUGAAGCUAUGGAAAAUGCAGGGCUUACACUCAAUGGAAUGAGAGGCAGCGAAACUUCAGCAUACAUGGGCGCUAUGUCGGCCGAUUACACAGAUACUCAGCUGAGAGACAUUGAGAAUGUCUCCAAAUACAUGAUUACCGGAACGUCCCGUGCCCUCUUGUCCAAUCGUUUGUCCUACUUUUUUGACUGGAAAGGCCCCUCUAUUAGCGUUGAUACGGCGUGCUCGUCAAGUCUGGCAGCGGUGCAUCUUGGUGUCCAAGCCUUACGCGCUGGAGAAUGUAAAAUCUCCUGCGUGGGCGGCUCCAACGUGAUUCUCAACGCGGAUUGCUACCUUGCUGCCACAAGUCUUCAUCUGCUUUCGCCUACUGGCCGUUCCCAAAUGUGGGAUCAAGCUGCUGAUGGAUAUGCCCGAGGUGAGGGUGUUUGUGUCUUCUUCAUGAAAACGCUAUCUCAGGCAUUGCGAGAUGGAGAUCGAAUCGACGCCCUGCUGCGAGAAACAUGUGUCAACUCGGAUGGUCGAACACAGGGAAUCGCCCUACCGAGUGCUGAGGCCCAAAUCUCGUUGAUGAGGACUGCGUAUAAGAACGCCGGGCUUGACCUCUCAAGGGCAGAAGAUCGCCCACAAUAUAUAGAAGCACACGGAACUGGUACCCAAGCUGGAGAUCCCAGAGAAGCAUUCGCCAUUGGCACCACGUUCUUCCCACCUGGAGAAGACCACAGCCACAGACCCAAACUUGUCGUUGGGUCAAUCAAGACCGUCAUUGGUCACACUGAAGGAUGUGCCGGUAUCGCAGGAAUUUUGAAGACUGUCCUGGCCAUGCGACAUAAGACCAUUCCCCCCAACCAACAUUUUCACAACCUCAAUCCCAGCGUAAAGCCUUCUUUCAAAUACCUUUCGGUGGCUACUUCACCGGAGGCCUGGCCUGUACUGCCUCCAGACACACCGCUACGGGCCAGUGUCAACGGUUUCGGCUCUGGAGGCACCAAUUGCCACGCCGUUGUAGAAAGCUAUGUGCCCGAAAUUCAUGACAAUGGCCCCUGGGGAAGGCCAAAACACCUGCGCCAUCUCCCAGAACCUGUCGUUACACCAGAGAAUGACUUUUCACCUAUCCCUCUACUAUUUUCAGCUAGCUCAGGAACAGCCCUCGGUGCCAUGCUGGAGAGGUAUGAGGAGUACCUGGAGAGGACCGACGUGUCUAUUCAGCGCCUGGCCAUGACGCUCAACUCUCAUCGUUCAACUUUACCAGUCAGGAUCUCCAUCCCUGGAACCUCAAGAGCGGGCGCUCUCGAGGCGAUCCGGACGCAACUUGCGAAAAUCCGUUCAAGUCCUGGUGCGGAGAUUGGCACUCGAUCCUCCCUUCCGGAGUUUGAUCAGGUCAAACGUCCCAAGAUCCUGGGUGUUUUUACUGGACAAGGAGCACAAUGGGCAGGUAUGGGUCAAGGCCUUAUUGAGAAGAGUGCGCUAUUUAGAGAAGCCAUUGAGAUAAUGGAAAAGGCAAUGGCACAGCUCCCCGAUGGACCAGCGUGGUCUCUGAAAGAGGAGAUCAUGAAGCCACCAAAAACGUCUCGGCUGGGAGAAGCUGAGAUUUCACUACCUGUCUGCGCGGCACUUCAGGUUGGUCUUGUCAAGGUACUCUGGAGUGCAGGAAUCACUUUCAGCAUGGUCGUCGGUCACUCAGGUGGUGAGAUUGGUUCGGCCUAUGCAGCGGGCAAAAUCAGCGAAGUUGAUGCAAUCAAGAUCGCUUACUACCGCGGGGUGUACACGAAACUCGCCAUCGGCAAAGAUGGAAAGAAGGGCGGUAUGAUUGCCGUUGGAUUUGGCUAUGAAGAAGGCCUUAACUUUUGUGCGCUUGAUCAAUUCGCCAACCGUCUCACUGUUGCUGCCAGUAACUCGCCCAAGAGCGUGACACUUUCUGGAGAUUUGGAUGCUGUCCAGGAGGCCAAAGAAAUGCUGGACGCUGAAGGACUGUUCAAUCGUGUUCUCCGGCUCGACACGGCCUACCACUCUCCUCACGUGUACCCCUGCGCGGCGCCGUACCUGGCUGCCAUCGAGCGCUGCGGUCUUGUGGCUGGCAAAUCUAAUGAUACUGCUUGGGCAUCCAGCGUGUACAAAGAUAACCGAAUGGUCACAACCGCUGAGGAUACAGAUAUGGAAGCAACCUACUGGAAAGACAACCUCAUUGGGAGAGUCUUGUUUUCGCAGGCAGUUGAGCGCGCCAUGGACGAGGGGAAUGGUGACUUUGACCUCGCUCUUGAAGUUGGACCGCAUCCUUCCCUUAAAGGACCUACUCAGGAGACAAUCAGAGAAAAGCUUGGCUCCGACAUUCCUUACUCUGGUGUCCUGGAUCGCAAGUCAGACGACAUAUCCGCCUUAAGUGCCGCUCUUGGGUUCUCAUGGCUGACACUGGGGUCCGGGGUGGUCGACUUUGCAGGGUAUGCGUCGGCAUUUGACCCGAGCAACGCUUCCGUCUUAAACGCACCUGUUCUGUCUGACCUGCCGACAUAUCCAUGGGAUCAUAAAAAGGUCUUGUACCGCGAAUCUCGGCUUAACAAGAAUGUCCGCAACAGGGUUGAUCCGCCUCACGCGCUGCUGGGUAGCCGAACCCCCGAUGAUACGGACUAUGAGCCCAGAUGGCGAAACUUUUUCAUCAUGGACGAGUUGCCCUGGUUGCGAGACCAUUGCAUCCAAAAGCAGUUUAUCGUCCCGGCAGCUACCUACUGCGUUAUGGCUCUUGAGGCUGCCAAGGUCCUUUGCCGGGGCAAAAAUGUGCAAAGUAUUGAGCUGUGGAACGUGGCCAUCUUACGCCCAAUCGUCCUAGAUGAGGCGUCAGAUGGUACCGAGACCCUGUUUUCUGUGCGUAGCGAUCUUGAUUCCAACAAGAAUGACAAUGAGAUCCUAGCACAUUUCAGUCUCAGCGCUGGGGCGAUGGAUGACAGGCAUUUGAGAACUGCCGCCACCGGGCAGAUUCGAAUUACCCUCGCCAACCAUGACACUGGGCUUGAAUCAUCUAUCUCGUUUGCCGAUGGACGUAAACGGGUGGCUUUGGAUCUAUUGCCGACCAGUGUCGAUCGAUUCUACGCGUCCAUGGACCAGAUCGGGUUGAGCUAUAGUGGGCCGUUCAGAGCCAUGACGUCUAUGCAGAGACGGUUAAAUUAUGCAUCUGCUACCGUGGCUGUGGAUAGAGACCUUGCCGAGACGAUCCCUGUUCAUCCCACUUGGCUCGACGCCUGCUUCCAGACCUUCCUCGCGGCGUUUGCCGCCCCACUUGACAAUUCACUCUGGACGGCCUUCAUGCCCACUACAAUCGGUCGCAUGGUCUUCUCCCCAUCGAGCAAUUCUCAGAGCCCUUGCGCUUCGGUAAUUGUUGACGCGCACAUCACCGACUUUGUCCAUGGUUAUCAGGUAGCACUGCCCACUCUAACUGGUGAUAUGAGCAUUUCCAACUCUGAGACCGGUCAAUUACAAGUCAAGAUUGAAGACUUUGUUAUGAGCUCAUUCCUCCCUGCCUCUGAGAGUGACGACAGGAGGUUUUACCUGAAGAAUGUGUGGGAACAGGAUAUGCUUUCCGGAGCUCUGUGUGCAUCAUCCGAGCAUAACAUCGCCGUCCCAGAAAGCGAGUCGAAAGUUAUCGAUACCUGUGAACGCGCUAUUCAGUACUACCUAUCAAAAGUCAAGGGAGCUGGCCACCUUGAAAAGUUGGCUGAUAAGAUUCCUGGGUUACAUUCUCUGAUCAGCGAGAUAGAAGCUCGCACUACUAGCAUACCGACGCAAUCUGAUAUGAUAUCAAUGGUGGAGGAGGUCGGUGACCACAUAGACCUCGCCCUCGUGCGCACUAUUGGCGAGAGUUUGCUGAACUCCCCGACCGAGAGCCUUGGCCCGCUUUCUUCCCAAGCUACCCCUUCAGGUAUCCGUGCUCUUAUAUAUCGUUGGCACAAUGAGGGCCUGGGUUUCCCGCAACUCCAGCGGCAUUUCGUGAGCGCAGCUAAACAAAUUUCUCAUCAGCACGCCAAUUUGAGAAUUCUUCAAGUUGGUCCAUCUUCAUCAAAUUUAGUGCGCUCGGUUUGCCGUGAGUUGGGUCGUGGCUUGGAGAGAUAUACCGUGGCCGAUGAUUCAGAGCACAAUAUCGAGGAAAUGAAGGCUGCUCUUGCAGCAGAUCAGUUAAGAGUGGAGUUUAAACAUACCAAUGUUGAGGAUGGGAUCGACGAAGUUAGCCAUCUGACCAGUGCCGGACUUUUUGACUUGGUCAUAGUCCACAAGGCCUUUACCAAGCAAGUCAUCGCUUUGAAGACUAUACGUGGUCUGUUGCGACCUGGAGGUUUCAUGCUCAUGAUGGCUGCGACUGGUGCCCAGCUUCGUUUUCCCUUCAUGUUGCUGUCUGCACCCCCUUCUCUCGAUGAAGAUGGCUUGGUCCAGACCAAACUAAUGAACCCUGCGCGCGAGGAAAUUCACCACCUACUUCAACGCGUAGGAUUCUCUGGAGUUGACUCAAUUGCUCUAGACAACGUACCAGACAAGCACACAUUCUCUGUUGUCAUAUCCCAGGCGCUCGAUGAUCAAAUAAGCUUCUUACGCAGCCCGCUGACAUCUCCUUCGCUUGCUCCCCUCAGUGGAAACCUUCUCGUUGUAGGUGGCCUUACUCCAGAUAUUUCCAACAUUGCUACCAGUAUACAAUCAAAAGUGUCAAAUGUUUGGCAGGGAGAUAUUAUCAAUGUCCGAACUCUGGCUGAGCUGAGUGAUGAAGCCAGCGGCGUUGAGGCUGUUUUGAGUUUGGCAGAUCUUGAUCGUCCAAUCCUGGAGGAUAUCAGGGCACCAACCUUCAAGGGUCUGCAGGAACUCUUCUCAACGGCCAAGAUAGUCCUCUGGAUAACCCAAGGGGCAAAAGCUGAUAAUCCCUACCAAAAUGCUACCAUUGGCAUUGGUCGGUCAUUCCAGUCUGAGAAUCCACAGAAGUUACUGCAGUUCCUUGAUCUUGACACGCUUGAUGGAGUCGACUCAACCAUUGCAGAGACGUUCCUCAGACUCAUCGGUGGCGUCAAUUUCAGGAAUGGCAAUCCCACGGACGCGACUCAUCUAUGGAACAUUGAGCCAGAAAUCUCUCUUAAGGAAGGCAAAUACCUUGUUCCAAGACUCUUCCCAGAUACAAAGCGUAAUAACAGGCUUAACGCUGUCAAGCGCAAGGUGGAGACACAAGCUACUGCUGGAACACAGCCUAUUGCUCUCGCCAGAUCUAUGCAUAGCAAACUCACUUAUACAGCUGAGGCAGUCCAUUACCGCAGAGAUUCAGCAGAGGAUACAACCGAUUCAGUUACUAUUCAAGUGGAGUUCUGUUCUAUCGAUCCUGUCAUUCCUAGCAUUGAGAAUGAUGCUCUCUUCUGCUGCCUUGGACUCACGUCAGAAGGCGCACGUGUGUUGGCUCUUUCGCCAUCCAAUGCCUCCGUUGUAAAGGUGCCACGCGAACUGACGAUACAAUUUGACAACUAUACGUCGCAGGACGAUGGUGCUUUCAUUAGUGAGCUGUUAACCGAGAUAAAGUCGCUUGCCAUCGCCAGGUUCAUUCCCCCCGGAUGUACUCCCCUGAUUUACGAACCUGACGCACAUCUUGCUGCUUCAUUGAAGAGGCCAGGUCGACCAGAGAUCUCGUCUAUCGGUUUCAAACCCGAUUUAACAGGGUCCAUGUCAGACGAUCAUAUUCUCAUUGAGCCGCAUGCCUCUAAAAAGGAAAUUCAAGCGAAGCUAUCCCCCAAGACUAGGAUGCUCAUUCACAUGGAACGUGAAACCGACAACCGUGAAUUCUCGGCUCUCAAGAAUGCUCUUCCCACUCACGCUACCGUUGUCGCUUUCAGUGAUCUUGGCGCUCAUGAUAUCAACCCUCGUGGAUUGCUUGCAGAGGCCUUGACAAUUGUACAGGGUUAUUCGCCAUCCGACAAGACCUUAGUUGACCGCAGUAGUGUGGUCAAGGCAUCUGCGUUGGUCGCAGGGGGUUUCAGGGAACAUGUUAACGCUGCUGUCGUUGACUGGACAGGUGCUCAGAACAUUACUGUUAUUCAGAGACCGGUUGACACUCAGAACCUAUUCUCUCCCAACAAGACAUAUAUCCUUGUCGGCCUUACUGGGCAUAUUGGUCAGUCCAUGUGUCGCUGGAUGGUACAAAGCGGAGCUCGUCAUAUCGUUGUUACAAGUCGAAACCCCGAGAAGCAAGGACAGCUUUGGCGGGAUGAGUUACUUGGACAAGGAGCAAACAUUGUCAUUGAAGCAGCUGACGUUACUAAAAAGCAUCACAUCACGGAGCUCCGCAAUCGGAUUGUCAGCUCUAUGCCUCCAGUCGGUGGCAUUGCUAAUGGCGCCAUGGUGUUGGAUGACAAGAUGUUCCUUGACAUGACUUUUGAAAGUUUCCAAACUGCCAUGAAACCUAAAGUGGACGGUUCAAUAUACCUGGAACAGGUUUUCUCUAAUGAUGACCUAGAAUUUUUCCUCUUCUUCUCGUCAAUCUCGGUCAUGACGGGUCAGCGAACGCAGGCUAAUUAUGUUGCUGCGAACAACUUUAUGGUUGCUAUGGCUGAGCGACGAAGAGCGCGUGGUCUCCCCGCUUCUGUCAUUGAUAUUGGCAUGAUCGUCGGCAUGGGUGUUAUCCAGAGAUCUCAAAAUGACAAGGGUGUCAGCGCGAUGGAGAACUCUAUCCGACAGAUGGACUAUAUGCCCGUGUCUGAGACCGACCUCCAUCAUCUCCUCGUUGAGGCUAUCCUCGUCGGUCAGAGUGACGAGUCUCCGGAGCUUAUCACGGGGUUGGAGACUUACAAGGCCGUCACAGGAGAGACACCCUUCUGGCACCACAAUCUGCGCUUUUCUCAUCUCAUCACUGACCCUGAUGCUGCGCAAGCUGGCACAGACACUCUUAGUAGCGCCCAGAAAUCUUUGAAGGAGAUGCUGCUUGGCUCCGGUGGAGCAAAUGAAGCGACAAAGGUCAUGGAGAAUGCUCUCUUGGAAUACCUAGCGUCCUCGCUGAAGUUGUCAAUUGAGACCAUUUAUACCGAUGUGCCCAUAAUUGACUUAGGUAUCGAUUCCCUUGUCGCCGUCCAGAUUCGGAACUGGAUCUGGGCCGAAGCCGGAUACGACAUUCCCGUAUUGAAGAUCCUGGGCGGAUCGUCUGUCGAACAGAUUUGUGGUGAAGUGGUCUCGUCUUUGUCUUUUGAUAAGAAUUCGAUUGCAGCUGCCAAGAUCGAAAGUCACGCAGCACCGCCUCAGAAGGCUCGCCCGUGGGACAAACCACCCACUAAUACAAAGCCAAAGGACGACGUAGCAGCCACUUCCAGCCCAGCAAUGGCCACAAAUGGACACAAUGCGUCGCCAAACGGUACUUCGAAAAAAUCUUCAAAUCUUGUCAAACAGUCGAAGUCUCUCUGCAGGGAUCAAGCUCGUGAAAGGACCGCGAAGAAAGGCCCUCGCCCAACCCCGAUAAGCACACAGCCGUUGUCUUUAGGUCAAUCCAGACUAUACUUCCUAUCUCAAUAUCUGGACGAUAAUAUCGUUUUGAACUGCGUCAUAUCCUACACCCUCUCCGGGAAGCUGGAUGUGUCUAAGCUGGAAAGGUCUAUCAACGCGGUGAUUCAACGUCAUGAGAACUUGCGUACCUCCUUUUACACAGAUGAAAAGCAAGGAAAUCCCAUGCAGGGAGUGCUCGGCCAGUCCCCUUUCCAACUCAAGGUUGUUUCUGGUGUCAGUGACUCCUCCGAUAUUGAGAAAGAGUUUGACUUGAUCCACUACCGUCGCUAUGAUCUCGAGCAAGCAGACACUUUUGCUGCUACCAUCUUGGCACACGGUCAGGAUUCUCACACCCUUAUCUUCGGAUAUCAUCACAUCAUCAUGGACGGCUUCAGCUGGCAAAUAUUCCAGACGGACAUGGCUAUGUUCUACAACGGUUCGGACUCGGCUAAUUCCCCAAAACCUUUGGAAGCUCAAUACUCCGAGCUCACUCUAAAGCAGCAACAGGACCUGUCCGAUGGAGCCUACGCCGAAAGACUCGGGUUCUUCCAAGAUAUGUUGCGAGAGUAUGCUGAACCUCUGCCUCUUUUCCCUUUCGCCAAAGUUGGCACACGUAAGGCUGUAAAGCAGUACGCUGUUCAAGAAGUUGUCACCCAUCUCAAUACCAAUGUCGUGAGCGCAAUAAAGAAGGCGAGCCAGACCUCUCGCACCACUCCUUUCCAUUUCUACCUCUCGACUUUCCAGGUUCUAUUACACAAACUCCUCGACACAGACAAGAUGUGCAUUGGGGUGGUGGACGCCAACCGGUCUGACCAGAAGUUUGUCAAAACUAUCGGGUUCUUCUUGGAAACUAUCCCUUUGCUGUUCAAGGUCGACAGUGAGCAAAGGUUUGUCGAACUGCUGAAGGAAACACGCAGCAAGGCAUAUGCUGCAUUGUCACAGACUGGUGUUCCUACUGAGGAGAUCCUGAGAGCAUGCGGUGUCGCAUCGUCGGCAACAGAAACACCACUCUUCCAAGUAUGCUUCAAUUACCGCAUGGGAGCUGGCCGCACCUCUCCGCUACAAGGAGUUGAAAUGACAUUCUUGGACUAUGUUGACGCCAUGAACCCGUUCGAUCUCGUGGCGACUGUGGAUGAACUAGAUGAUGGAACGGCCAUGAUUACACUCCAUCUUCAAGAUUACCUGUAUGACCAAGAGGGUGCUCAACUCCUUGCCACCAUGUACACGCAAAUGCUCGAGGUAUUGGCAGAGGACACAGACCGUCUGGUUGGCUCUGUGCCAAUUUCCAAUGCGGCAUUAGAGCACGAGGCAAUCAAACUCGGUACCGGGUCGAGAUUGGACCUUGCAGGCCCUUCUGCUGGCACACUGUCAAAGAUAAUCAACACCUGGGUAGGCAAGGACCCCCACGCUGUCGCCGUGAAGGAUACUAGUGGCAACACAAAGACAUACUUGCAGCUCUCAGAAAGAUCCAACGCUAUCGCAGCAGCGCUGAUGAAUGCUGGUGCGGAGCCUUUUAAUCCGAUCGGUGUGCUACUUGAGCCCGGGGUAGACACGAUUGCCACGAUUCUCGCCAUUCUUCGCGUUGGAGCUUCAUACGUGCCGCUUGAUACGAGGAGCUCAGAUGCACUACUCACUGAUAUCUUGCAAGAAUCUCAACCGAGAAUUGUGCUUUAUCACAUCACAACCGCCCAACGCAGCAAGAAGCUUCUCGGGAACUCUUUCAAAAUCAAGCGCGUGACUCUCAAUGCUGUCCCCCAGAAGACUGUGAGAAGGAUUGAAGACGUCUCAGCCCCAGAGAGUCUUGCAAUGAUCCUUUACACUAGUGGUUCCACUGGCAAGCCAAAAGGGAUCCCAUUGACUAAUGCUAACAUCCGAACACCUAUCCUCGGUGUUUCGGAUAGGGUGCCACUUGGGCGGGAGGUUGUCCUCCAGCAAAGUGGACAAGGAUUCGAUGCUGCAGUCUUCCAGAUAUUCAUUGCGCUUGCCAAUGGCGGUACCGUGAUCAUGGCUGAUAAUAGAGACGAUCCUGCAAAACUCGCCACUGUGAUGGGUGAUGAAAAUGUCACUUGUACCACCCUCAUUGUCUCGGAAAUGCAGGCUUUGUUAAAGUAUGGUUACGAUCAACUUCGCAACUGUUCUUCGUGGCGCAUUGCGAUGGUCGCUGGUGAGGCUUUCACAGUUCACCUCUUGGAUCAGUUCCGCGCGCUCAACCGACCCGACUUGAAGGUCAUCAACGCAUAUGGCCCGACUGAGGCGUCCAUCUGCUCUUCCUUGAGCGAAGUAUCCUUGGAACAGACCAACUCAACCGAAGACAGCAUCCCGAUCGGAAGGGCUAUUGCCAAUUACGGGACCUACAUCGUGGAUCAGUAUUGUAAACCUGUUCCUCUUGGUUGGCCUGGUGAGGUCGCGAUUGCUGGGCCUGGUGUUGCCAGUGGUUACUUAAACCUCCCUGAGCUGACCCAAGCUAAAUUCAAGUCUUCAGCCUCUCUGGGCGGCAUUUCUGGAUCAGAUUUUAUUUACCUCACCGGCGAUAAAGGUCGGAUGCUUUCCGACGGCUCUAUUGUGAUCUCUGGUCGUGUGGAUGGAGACGACCAGGUCAAGAUUAGAGGUCAUCGAGUGCAACUUGGCGAGGUCGCCAAAGCUCUUGUCCAAACAUCUCGAGGCGUCCUUGCGGAUGCAGCUGUUCUGCUGAAGCCAAACGACCUCCGAAACCAAUAUCUCAUUGCCUACGUCGUCUUCUCCCGUACCAGCAAUAUUCAAGACAAGCACACAUAUCUCCGUCAACUCAAUCAGGAGCUCCCUGCUCCUGCAUAUAUGCGUCCAGCAAUCACCGUCCCUCUGGAUAUUCUCCCAGUGACUGAGCGCGGCAAGCUUGACACUAAGAAGCUGGCUUCAUUGCCUGUACCCGAGAUUUCCUUCGAAGAUGCGGACGAGCAGCUUACAUCAACCGAGGCGCGAUUGCGAGAAAUUUGGAAAACUGUCCUAGGCGACAUAACUUCAUCCAUUCAAAUCCGUCGUAACUCCGACUUCUUCUCUGUUGGCGGUAAUUCCCUGCUACUUUUGCCUCUGAAGGCUGAGAUCUCUCAAACCUUUGGAGUUGAACUCACGGUCCCUGAAAUUUUCCAAGCCAGCACGCUUGAGCUUCUCGCUGCGCGACUCGAUGGUACUUCUUUGUUGGCGCAGAUCAACUGGAACGAAGAGACAGCCUUGGACGAGACAACAUUCACACCACCUCGCGCUACCAACGGAGUCAACGGACAUGAAUCGUCGAACGGUAGUUCGAAGGGAAUUUCUGUUCUUCUCACUGGCGUCACAGGCUUCUUGGGAGGUGGCAUUUUACGUCAACUGGUGGAACUACCCAGUGUCGCGCAAGUCCACUGUGUGGCCAUUCGCCCCAGCAUGGACGGUGUACCCCGACAAUUGAGCGUAGAAUCACCCAAGAUUAUUCGUCACUCUGGUGAUCUUGCACUUCCCAAUUUGGGCAUGAGCGAGUCCGGAGCCUCAGAUCUAUUCAAGAGUAUCGAUGUCAUCGUUCACAAUGGCGCUGAAGUGUCGCACAUGAAGAAUUAUCGCAGUCUUCGAGCUGCCAACGUUUUGUCGACAAUCGACCUGGCACGGCUGGCUGUGGGCUAUGGUCUCCCCAUUCACUACAUUUCCACUGGAGGUGUAGCGCGCCUGAGUGGCGCCGACGUGCAGCCCGAGGCAUCACUCGCCGCCUUUUACCCUCCAAGCGAUGGGUCUGACGGAUACGUGGCAUCCAAAUGGGCAAGCGAGGUUUUCCUUGAAAAGGUUCAAAGACGCUUCCAAGGGCAGGUCUGGAUCCACCGCCCGAGCAGCAUCACCGGCGACAAUGUUUCCGAGUUGGAUAUUGCGCAUAGUCUGCUCAAGUUCUCCAGGGAGUUAGGGGCUGUACCUGAUCUCACCGGGUCCACUGGCUUCUUUGACUUUAUCAGCAUUGAGACUGUUUCAAAGAAAAUUUCUGACUGUAUUGUCAAUGGCAACCAAAGCAGUGGUGGUGAUCUUGUCUAUGUCCACCAGAGUGGCGAGCGCGUUAUCGCUGUUGGAGACUUGCAAAAGUAUGUCGAGGAAUUGGAAGGGCGGCCACUGCAGGUUUUACCCCUGAAGGAAUGGGUCGCUACAUCUGUUCAAAAGGGGUUGAACGAGGUUUUGGGGUCCUUCAUGUUGGCCUCUAGGGGAGUGAUUCGAGCACCUCUGUUGCAAAGGGGUUAUCAUGCAGAGUGA